GCGCGCGGCGCCCGGGCACGCGCAGGGCCGCUGUCUGUCCUAAUGCGGCGGCUGGCGGCGAGAGGCGCUGCAGGGGCCGCGGGCCGAGCUGCGGAACGGCCGGCGGGUGGCACGGACAGCGCCGGGCGCCGGGGCCCGAGCCCCCGCAGGCUGAUCGACUUAUGUGCAGCUUGGGGCACUGGAAUCUUCCUUCCCACGGCAGGCUGCCAGGGAGCCUGGUCUGGGGUCUCCGGGAAGAGGCUGAAUGAGGUAGAGACGCUGACCUCUGUCGGGAAGGCCGAGGAGCUGGAGCGGCUGGAGGCGGCCAGACCCCGCGGGCCAGGGACCAGGGGGCCGGAGCAGGCGCCCAGGAUGGCCCGGCAGCCCCCUCCGCCCUGGCUCUGUGCCGCCGGCCUCCUCUGCCUCCUCAGCCUGGGCGCGGCCAUCGAGAUCCCCAUGGACCCAAGCAUUCAGAACGAGCUGUCGCAGCCCCCCACCAUCACCAAGCAGUCUGUGAAGGACCACAUCGUGGACCCCCGAGACAACAUCCUGAUCGAGUGUGAAGCCAAAGGGAACCCUGCCCCCAGCUUCCACUGGACCCGCAACAGCAGGUUCUUUAACAUCGCCAAGGACCCCCGCGUGUCGAUGAGGAGGCGGUCGGGGACCCUGGUGAUCGACUUCCGCAGCGGCGGGCGGCCCGAGGAGUACGAGGGCGAGUAUCAGUGCUUCGCCCGCAACAAGUUCGGCACAGCCCUGUCCAACCGGAUUCGCCUGCAGGUGUCCAAAUCUCCUCUGUGGCCCAAGGAGAACCUCGACCCCGUGGUGGUCCAGGAGGGCGCGCCCUUGACUCUGCAGUGCAACCCCCCGCCUGGACUGCCCUCCCCAGUCAUCUUCUGGAUGAGCAGCUCCAUGGAACCCAUCACCCAGGACAAACGCGUCUCCCAGGGCCAUAACGGAGACCUGUACUUCUCCAACGUGCUGCUGCAGGACAUGCAGACCGACUACAGCUGCAACGCCCGCUUCCACUUCACCCACACCAUCCAGCAGAAGAACCCCUUCACCCUCAAGGUCCUCACCAACAACCCCUAUAAUGACUCGUCCUUAAGAAACCACCCUGACAUUUACAGUGCCCGAGGAGUCGCAGAAAGAACACCCAGCUUCAUGUAUCCCCAGGGCACCUCGAGCAGCCAGAUGGUACUGCGUGGCACGGACCUCCUGCUGGAGUGCAUCGCCUCCGGGGUCCCAACGCCAGACAUCGCCUGGUACAAGAAAGGGGGGGACCUCCCAUCCGACAAGGCCAAGUUUGAGAACUUUAACAAGGCCCUGCGCAUCACCAACGUCUCCGAGGAGGACUCUGGGGAGUAUUUCUGCCUGGCCUCCAACAAGAUGGGCAGCAUCCGGCACACGAUCUCGGUGAGAGUAAAGGCUGCUCCCUACUGGCUGGACGAGCCCAAGAACCUGAUCCUGGCUCCCGGGGAAGACGGCAGGCUGGUGUGCCGCGCCAACGGGAACCCCAAGCCCACCGUGCAGUGGAUGGUGAACGGGGAGCCUCUGCAGUCGGCACCCCCCAACCCAAACCGCGAGGUGGCUGGGGACACCAUCAUCUUCCGCGACACCCAGAUCAGCAGCAGGGCCGUGUACCAGUGCAACACGUCCAAUGAGCACGGCUACCUGCUGGCCAACGCCUUCGUCAGCGUGCUGGAUGUGCCCCCUCGGAUGCUGUCCCCCCGGAACCAGCUCAUCCGGGUGAUCCUUUACAACCGGACUCGGCUGGACUGUCCGUUCUUUGGGUCCCCCAUCCCCACGCUCCGCUGGUUUAAGAAUGGGCAGGGGAGCAACCUGGACGGCGGCAACUACCACGUCUACGAGAACGGCAGCCUGGAGAUCAAGAUGAUCCGCAAGGAGGACCAGGGCAUCUACACCUGCGUGGCCACCAACAUCCUGGGCAAAGCCGAGAACCAGGUCCGCCUGGAGGUCAAAGACCCCACGAGGAUCUUCCGGAUGCCGGAGGACCAGACGGUCACUCGGGGGAGCACGGUGCAGCUGGAGUGCCGGGUGAAGCACGACCCCUCCCUGCGGCUCUCCGUGUCCUGGAUGAAGGACGACGAGCCGCUCUACAUUGGGAACAGGAUGAAGAAGGAAGACGACUCGCUGACCAUCUUUGGUGUGGCGGAGCGGGACCAGGGCAGCUACACCUGUGUCGCCAGCACCGAGCUGGACCAAGACCUGGCCAAGGCCUACCUCACCGUGCUAGCUGAUCAGGCUACUCCAAUUAACCGUUUGGCCGCCCUGCCCAAAGGACGGCCAGACCGACCGCGGGACCUGGAGCUCACCGACCUGGCCGAGAGGAGCGUGCGGCUGACCUGGAUCCCGGGGGACGACAACAACAGCCCCAUCACAGACUAUGUUGUCCAGUUUGAAGAAGACCAGUUCCAGCCGGGGGUCUGGCAUGACCAUUCCAAGGUCCCAGGCAGUGUCAACUCAGCUGUCCUCCAACUGUCUCCCUACGUCAACUACCAGUUCCGGGUCAUCGCUAUCAACGAGGUCGGGAGCAGCCAUCCGAGCCUCCCGUCGGAGCGCUACCGGACCAGUGGGGCAGCCCCGGAGUCCAACCCCACUGAUGUGAAGGGAGAGGGGACUCGGAAGAACAACAUGGAGAUCACCUGGACGCCCAUGAACGCCACGUCCGCCUUCGGCCCCAACUUGCGCUACAUUGUUAAGUGGCGACGGAGAGAGACUCGUGAGACCUGGCACAAUGUCACCGUGUGGGGCUCCCGCUACGUGGUGGGGCAGACCCCCGUCUAUGUGCCCUACGAGAUCCGAGUCCAGGCCGAGAAUGACUUUGGGAAGGGUCCCGAGCCAGACACUGUCAUCGGCUACUCAGGAGAAGAUUAUCCCAGGGCUGCGCCCACUGAUGUAAAAAUCCGGGUCCUCAACAGCACAGCCAUCAGCCUGCAGUGGAACCGCGUCUACUCCGACACGGUCCAGGGCCAGCUCAGGGAGUACCGAGCCUACUACUGGAGGGAGAGCAGCUUGCUGAAGAACCUGUGGGUGUCUCAGAAGAGACAGCAAGCCAGCUUCCCCGGUGACCGCCCCCGGGGCACGGUGUCCCGCCUCUUCCCCUACAGCAACUACAAGCUGGAGAUGGUUGUGGUCAAUGGCCGAGGCGAUGGGCCUCGCAGUGAGACCAAGGAGUUCACCACCCCCGAAGGAGUACCCAGUGCCCCCAGGCGUUUCCGAGUCCGGCAGCCCAACCCGGAGACCAUCCACCUGGAGUGGGACCACCCGGAGCACCCCAAUGGGAUCGUGAUCGGAUACACCCUGAAAUACGUGCCCUUCAACGGGACCAAGCUGGGGAAGCAGGUGGUGGAGACCUUCUCUCCCAACCAGACCAAGUUCACGGUGCAGAGGGCAGACCCUGUGUCCCGCUACCGCUUUUCGCUCAGUGCCAGGACGCAGGUGGGCUCCGGGGAGGCUGCCACCGAGGAGUCCCCAGCCUCCCCGAACGAAGCUACUCCAACCGCAGCUCCUCCCACCUUGCCCCCGACUACCCCGGGUGCCACGGGCGCCCCGAGCAGUACUGACGCUACUGCCGCCGCCGCCACCACCACCGAGGCCACCACAGCCCCCGUCGUCCCAACCGUCGCACCUACCACCGCCGCCACCACCGCCGCCACCACCACCACCACCACGGAGACGCCUCCCUCCACCACCAGGACUGAGAUACACGAACCUGCCCCCGACGAACAGUCCAUAUGGAACGUCACGGUGCUCCCCAACAGUAAAUGGGCCAACAUCACGUGGAAGCACAAUUUCGGGCCCGGAACUGACUUUGUGGUUGAGUACAUUGACAGCAACCAUACGAAAAAAACUGUCGCCGUUAAGGCGCAGGCCCAGCCUAUACAGCUAACAGACCUCUUUCCCGGGAUGACGUACACGUUGCGAGUUUAUCCCCGGGACAACGAGGGCAUCAGCAGUACCAUCAUCACCUUUAUGACCAGUACAGCUUACACCAACAACCAGACGGACAUCGCCACCCAGGGCUGGUUCAUCGGGCUCAUGUGCGCCAUUGCCCUUCUGGUCCUCAUCCUGCUCAUCGUCUGCUUCAUCAAGAGGAGUCGAGGGGGCAAGUACCCAGUGCGAGAAAAGAAGGAUGUUCCCCUGGGCCCCGAAGACGCCAAAGAAGAGGAUGGCUCCUUCGACUACAGUGACGAGGACAACAAGCCCCUGCAGGGCAGCCAGACGUCCCUGGACGGCACCAUCAAGCAGCAGGAGAGCGACGACAGCCUGGUGGAUUACGGCGAGGGCGGCGAGGGCCAGUUCAACGAGGACGGCUCCUUCAUCGGCCAGUACACCGUGAAGAAGGACAAGGAGGAGACAGAGGGCAACGAGAGCUCGGAGGCCACGUCCCCUGUCAACGCCAUCUACUCUCUGGCCUGACGGAGCCGCCCGGCACAGCCGCUGCUCUGCCAACGGGACAGGGGAGAGGGGAGACGAGGCCGCCGCAGACCUGCCGCCAAGCCACUCCAGGGACAUAACAGCGUGGAGGGCGCUGCCACCUGCCACCCAGCUCUCCACACACCCCCUCCCGGUGACCCACCCAGGGGCCCCCCUCCGGGGGUAGCUGGAGCCGGGGCUGACUCGAAGGAGGAGCGGGUGCCUUGCUCAGCCCCUCCACCCUGGGCCCCCGCGCACACGUGCCGUCUCUGUUGGCUGGGGUCCUUCUCGUUGUCCUGAUUCUUGCUUUGUGCACCUCCAGACCCAACCUGGCCAGUGUCUUUUCUCUCCUCCGGAGAAGGGUCCCCGGACCAAGGAAGGACCGCUGGCUUCUCCCCUCGGAGACUGCACGCACGGCAGACGGCCGGCUCCGUUGACAGAGCAGAGACGCUGUAGUAUUCAAGCCGCCACGCCACUGGCCAAUGCCUUUCUCAAGGACGCCUUCUCGCCAUACGCCUCCCCCGCCCGCCCGGGCCUUGGCAGCUGCUGAGCUGGGCUUGGCUCCUUCCCAGACAAUGACAGUAUUUUUGGCAGCGAGAGGGCGGCAGGCCUCCUGGCCUCGCUCUGGUUCAGCAGGGUGGUGCCUGCCCUCCUGCCUCUGGUCCCCACCUGCCCUUCCUCCCUCCCACGUCCUGAUGAGCUGAGGGGCGUGGUGGGAGGGAAGAAGGUGCCGAGGGGAAGGAAGUCAGCUUCGGGGGGGGGGGGCGUACACCCCCGGGCAGAAGGAACUGGGUUUGGACUCCCCCGUCGUCGCCCCCAGGAGGCAGGGGAAGAGGGCCACUGCACUGUGCACCCCAACUUUUGGGGCCAUGCUGCUCCCAACCUGAUGGGGAUGCUUGUGAUGGGAAAGCUCGGCGGGUGGGCUUUGAAGGGGGCAAAGCACUGCUCCCCGCCCCCUUCUCCAGCCGAGAGCCUCUCCUCAGUCAGUCUCUGGGACGGUACCACGGAUUGCGGGAUGUCCACAGGGCUCCCGUGCCUGGGGUCCGCACAGCCCUGCAGUGUCCACAGUGCUGCAAGCCGGCCGGGGGGGUGGGGGUGGGGGGAGGGAGAGGGGGCGUGCGUGUUCCUGUUUGCCUUAUGCAGCUCCCCUUCAUCCGCCCCUUCCCCCACCCCGCCCCGUUCUCAGCCUCCCAUAGCCACUCUCCAGGAGCACCGGUGGCCUGAGCCGCAUCACAACAGCCCCCCAACCCCCCCCCCCACACACACACACACAGGCCCUGCCACCGUGGCCCAGAUGGAGAUGGUCGCAGUUCAGGAGAUGGAGGGCACCGCCUUCCUCCGUCCCACCUAAUCGAUUUUCCAAACCAAAGGUACUGAGCCUCCCAGAGAGAGCGCUCGAGCCUCACGCAGCCCUGCUGCUGUUGCUGCCGCGCUCAGCUUCGGGAGGGCUGCUGACCGCACCCCACACCCCCCACACACACCGACCGACCCUCUGCUUUGAGCGUCCAGCUGCUUGCUGGGGGGCCCGGGCAGGAGCAGGGCCGUGUCUUUCAGAGACUUUUAUUCAGCAUCGUUUGCCACAUGUGUAAGCCGCAAAGGUAUUAGCAACGCUUUCUCCACCUGGGAAGCAGCGGGCUGGCGGUCAGGCCCGUGGUGUGCGCCCUCCGUCUGCACGUCGGAGGCCCGAGCCCACGACGUCCUUGGGAGCCACAGCCGAGACCCAGGCACCACCCUGCGGCUCUGCUGUUUGGCAGCUCUCACAAAGAAAGCGGGGAGGCCAGCUGAGGACUCUCUUCCAGCCCCUGCCGGGGACCAGACCUGCAAGGGAAGGAAGGAAUGCCGGGCACGUGUCCACGUCUGUGGAGCCCCUGAGAGCGGCCAGUUUCCCAGCCCCGGUUCCGUGUACACUGUGUCUGCUAGUGAACUCAUCACCCCAGGCCUCAGCUCCGCGGCAGGAGGGACUGGACCGAGAUGCCAUCGUCCCCGUCUCCCUCUGGACCUGCAGCAGUGACCUCUGUUCCUGUGUCUCAGAGGGUGCGGAGGUGGGGGGUCGCUCAGCUUUUCCGGGUUCUGUUCUAGCUCCCUCGUGGGUGCGGGGUGCUGAAGGCCCCCCUCCAGGCUGUUCUGGCGGCGUCUGGGGGCUUCACAUCUCACCCACUCCAGCCCUCCGUGGGGGCCUCCUUCAGACCUGGAGUUUCCCCCCAAGGACGAGGGGCAGGUUCGGGGUGUGCCAGGGUGAGGAGGCAGCUGGGGAGAGGCCGGUCUCUGUGCCAGGGUGCCCGUGCCAGCAAGCACCCAACUCCGCUGAAAGCAGUAUUGCCCAGUACUCCCCGCCGGCUGUCCUCUCACGCCACCACCCGAAACACAGCCACCAGUGCCAGGAGGGGCGAGAACAUGGGUGCUUGGGAGCGGAGGAAGCACAGGUUGAGGGGGUGCCACUGUACCCCUGCCCACCCAUCCUUUCAACCAGGCGGGUGCCCUGAACAGCUGAGCUGGCGGGGCCCCCAGCCUCUUCUCUAUGGCCAGGCAGGCAGGGUGCCCUGUUCUCCCUGGGGCGCAGACCUAGAGUCAUCCUGGGCACCCAGUGGCACUGACCGGGCGCCCCAGGUUGGCAGGCCAUCUCGUCUGGAUCUGGGGUGAGGGGCUGCAGCCGCCCUGCUCCACCCCUGGUGUGCUUUAGGGGUCUCUCCCAGCCUCCCCUCACUUUCCUCCUUGAAUUGUCCUCCCCCAGGAAGCAUUCUGGCCGUCCCCUCACAGUAAGUCACCUGGGGUCAGUGUGAAGAAACCCUCUUAGCCUCCCCUGCUUUCACGUGGCUGCACUGAGACCCAGACUCGCUCCUUUGCUUACACUGCUGUCGUCUCCGAGGGGCGAGCGGUGACAGCCCCUCCUGGGCACGGGUCCAGGCAUCUGAGGGUCCGCUGACCACAGGGAGCCCUGCUGCCAGUUACCAAGAGAACCUGCUGCCUUGGCCCAGAGGCAGCGCCCGCUGUUUUCCUGAAUGGCCACUCGAGGCGGGCAGUGGAGACAACCAGGGGGAUCGGUGGGCUGUCACUAAGGGUCUCAACCCCGCAAGGCGGGUGGAGGUGGCGGGGCCGUGGGGCAGAAUCAGAAAAUUCUAGCAUAGCACAGAGCCCUGGGGCAGAGAGGGGCUGCCCUUCCCUGCCGGGGCGGGGUGUGUGUGAGGACACCCAGUCCUGCCGAGAAAUGGGGGUCCUCAGAUCCCGGGUGGCUUCUCAGUCAUGUCAGUUGGGGUCAGUGAUGCGGGCCCAGGGACACCCCUGCUGGUGGCACGUGCUCGAAGCUCACAAAGUGGAGAGCACCCCAGCCUUGCCCACCAUGAGCGCCCCCGGCCCCCCAGGAUCGGGACUUCUGUUCUGCUUGGUGGCUCGGGCGGAGGGAGGAGAACCCUGGUGGAAUUUGUUCUGGCCUCAGAAGAGUGACACCAAGAUAAUGACUUAGAGUGUGGUGAAGAGGAGACCUGGUGCGGGCGGGCCAGCCCCCCCUAAGCCAGGCGGGAGCACCCUGGAACUCCUCCCUCCACGGUUCCCCGCUGCCUGGCCCACAGCCAUGGCAGUGCCCUGUCCUCGGCCCACUGAGGUCUAGACUCCACCCACCGGGCCCAGCCACGCAGUAGUAUUGGGGGGGGUGCUCCGUGCUUCGGGGAGCCUCUGCGUGUGCUCGAGUGAGCCUCCCUCAGCCCUGCACAGGGAGGAGUGAAGCGCAGGGCGUCUGUGCAGGGAGAGCUGGAGUUGGCCGCCCCCUGGGGCGAGCACUGUCCCUCCUGUCCUCGGACCUCCUUACCCACCCUGUGCCCCGUCCUUGUGUCCCCCAAGCGGAAGACGCAGGGGGGAUGCCUGGAGACCCAGGGGGCAGGGAGAGGAGUGGGUCAUGCUGGUGGGCGGGACUGACUGUGAAGCAGAGGGUCCCCCCCGCCUGAGGUGAGGGUGCGGGGGCCUCCCGGGCCCCCGGGACUGCGGGGCUGGACUUCAGUCCAUGUGAAGACCUCAGUGAAGCAAUAAACACAAACUCUGGACGAAGAGGUCCAGGAUUGUGUGCACUACUGUUUCUUUGUCCCCAGCACCGGCCCUGGUGAUUCCCAAAUGUGAUGUCUCAGUGUUGUCCCGCCCCCGGCCCCCCCCCCCCCCCCCCCCGCUCUUUGCCAACUUCAGGCUCCUGCUCUCAGCUCCAGGCACCGGGACGCAGAUGCCUUGUGUAUGGUCCUGCCCAGCCACAGCCUCCCUUUCCUCCGCUCCUCGGGGUGGAGGGGAGGUGUGCCCAGUGUCGUCAUCCCUCCACACACACCACACAUCGAUCAUCUCUUUUCUCCAUGGGCUAAAUACUUAACCCCCCUUGGCAGACUUGUUCUAACCCCCUCACACCGUCUUCUUUCCUUUUCCCAAGUUAUUUUGCAUUAACCGAUGUCAGCGACAGUUGUGUGUCCGAGGGUGUCACGAGCAGCCUUCAGCAGAGCGGGCUGCAGGGCCACGGAGGACCGUCAGACACGUGGACGUAUAAACUGACUGCAUGAGCAAUGAAAAGGCCAAAUUAUUCUGAUUUUUUUUUGAAUCACUGUAAAAAGAAAAAAAACCUGAUUUCUUUUGUAUAGAGAACACUAAACGUAUAAUAAAAGUUGUUGAAAAUGCA